CUCUGGCUUUUGGUGUGUGCCUCUGAGCUCUGAGCACGUGUGAGUGUUAGAGGGAGAAAGAGAUAAAGAGAGAGAGAAAAGGAAGGCGAAGCAACUAGCAUUUCUUUCCCCCCUCCCCAUCUCCCUGGUCCUUGUCACUCCAUCCUUCCUCCCCUCUCCUGGACCACCCGCAAGACCCGCUUUGAGCCGGGACCGACGACCCCUACUGCCCAGACCGCCCCGGGACCCUUUGACUCUCCUGACUUCUGUCCCACCAACCGCCACCUUUAAAGAAGACUUCAGCAUGGGCUGGCAAUGGACUUGAAUGGAAGUCGAAAAGCUGAUGAACUGAUCUAUGCGUAAGUGAGAGUGUCGCUGUUGCUUCAUAUCCCGCCUCACUCUGCUGUCCUUUAUGACCUGGGAAAACAUCACCCGCAGCAAACCUGGUGCCUGUCUGACAGGAGUACCAUCAUAUUCCUUCUUCUUUUGAGGAUUCCAGCAGCAUCAUUCGGUCAUACCUCCUCCUGACAUGGAGUCUACCAAAGUCCAGUCGGAAGGUGGCCUCAAUGUCACCCUUACCAUCCGUCUCCUCAUGCAUGGAAAAGAAGUGGGUAGUAUAAUUGGAAAGAAAGGGGAAACAGUGAAAAAGAUGCGGGAAGAGAGUGGAGCACGAAUCAAUAUCUCAGAGGGCAACUGCCCAGAGAGGAUUGUCACCAUUACCGGACCAACAGACACGAUCUUCAAGGCUUUUGCCAUGAUUGCCUACAAAUUUGAGGAGGAUAUCAUCAAUUCCAUGAGCAACAGCCCAGCAACCAGCAAGCCUCCAGUUACCUUAAGGCUUGUGGUGCCAGCCAGCCAGUGUGGCUCCCUCAUAGGAAAAGGUGGUUCCAAAAUAAAAGAAAUGAGGGAGUCCACAGGGGCACAGGUUCAAGUAGCAGGGGACAUGCUCCCCAACUCAACAGAGCGUGCAGUGACAAUCUCUGGAACCCCAGAAGCCAUCAUACAGUGUGUCAAACAGAUCUGUGUCAUCAUGCUGGAGUCUCCGCCUAAAGGUGCCACGAUCCCUUAUCGCCCAAAGCCUGCUUCCACACCUGUCAUUUUUUCGGGUGGUCAGGCCUACACAAUUCAGGGACAGUAUGCCAUUCCGCACCCGGAUCAGCUGACCAAGCUCCACCAGCUGGCUAUGCAGCAAACCCCCUUUACCCCUCUCGGACAGACCACCCCUGCUUUCCCUGGUUUGGAUGCCAGUCCACCAGCCAGCACUCAUGAGCUCACCAUUCCUAAUGAUCUAAUAGGCUGCAUCAUUGGACGUCAAGGAACCAAGAUCAAUGAGAUCCGACAGAUGUCUGGUGCGCAGAUCAAAAUCGCAAACGCCAUGGAAGGCUCGUCUGAGCGUCAGAUCACCAUCACAGGGACGCCUGCUAACAUCAGUCUGGCCCAAUAUCUCAUCAAUGCCAGGCUUACAUCCGAAGUCACUGGAAUGGCCACACUCUAAUUUCUACCCAUCUUCCCUCUCUGCAUCACAUGCCCCUUGAGCAAAUGCCAUUGCACCAUGUUUGUUUAUUACUCCAUACUGGACACGUCAUAUUUAAGUGAUGCCAACUUUUGCUGUAGAUUAGAGAUUAUUCACACCUGUCCGAAAUCAUUUUGUUUGUCUUGAAUUUUACUUUAUUUCUGUGACUCGAGUACCUUUCAUGCUGCACAACCUUAUUUCACCUCAAGUUUCCAUCCAUUGUUGUAUUUGUCUUUUGCGUCACUGGAUAAUUAUAACAACAUUAUGUUUUAUUCAGAAUUUUCCAUACUGAAUUUGCAAUUUAGUCAAGUUUUACUGUUUGCCCACGUAUUCCACUGAAUUACCCGCAUGCAACCUACUGCAUUAUGGUGCAAUGCAUCGACACAAUCUGUGAACACUGUAUUUGUAGCCAGGAUAUCAAACACCAGUUGUGAAAUGACCUCAACAGAACAUGGUAUCCGCAUCCACUCAAAUGCACAAAUAUCACUCCUGAUCAGAAUUUUAAGACCAAUUGAAAAGUUGCAACAAUUUACAUUUUGCACUGUUGGGUCUUAAAGGUCAUCCCAAAAAGGAUGAUUUUUUAAACACAUCCUGGGGACAUAUAGAGAACCUCCCCCCAUGUAUGUGAAAAGGUUUGAAAAUGUUGUACGCCGCGGGGAACUUGAGCCAUUUAAUUUCAGAGUUGGGGUUUUUCAUCAACUCGAUGUAGAGCUGUGACAUCAUAGAAGGAGGCGCUGCUGCUGUUGCUUUGUGACAAGGGCUGGGCAUUUUGCGUUUUCUCGCAUCAUUCAAAUGUUUUUAUUCCGAUUCUUAAUUUCGAUACCCACUUCGCUGACGGGAAGAAACAGUCUCCAACCCCAACGAAGAAGUAGCCGGAAAGCACCAAUGAAGAAGAAGUGGCUAAAAAGUUUGGCUUAACUUCAUAAAAUCCAAUUAGGAGGUUCUAAGUAAUAUCUUAUUGUCUUAUUGUCACCUGUUUUAUAAGCAGAGCAUCAAAAUUGAAACAGGAGCAUGAGACAAAGAAAUGGGCAGUUGGCAAUUGAUUAAAAACUGCAUAAUGCACAAGCGCAAAAUGCAAAUACUUGUAAUUUUACACCGAGAUUAAAAUUUUGAUCAGCAGUAUACUGUAUAUGCAGUAUAGACAGACAUGUCAACGCAUCCCAACUCAUUUUGUCCACCUAACAACACAAACAUUGAAUCAUGUUACUACUGCUACAAUCUCUAAGAAAUGAAAGGGUCAACCAGUAUAUACAGUACCAUGGAACCUUGAUUAGCGUACGACCCAGUUAGCGUGUUUUUCAGUUAUCGUUGAAUAUUUAUGCCAAAACGUUCUGGUAAGCGUACAAUAUGGCACGCGUCUUGUUGUAUUGCGUCCUUGUUAGCAUACUUAUCUUGUGAACAAAACGGCAACCAGGAAGUCAGCUACGUCGCCCAUCUGUGAUGUCAUCAAUGGUUGACUCUCAAAAAUGUUAACACAAAACACGUUUUUUUUGUUGUACAUGCAUAAAAAUAAAUGACGAUUAAAAGGGAUAAAUGAACAUUUAAAGGAAAACUGAAGGGACGACCACAAAGGGAGUACUGUCUAUCUGUACUUUAGUGAGUUGGUGAAAAAUACAAACUAUAUGAAAGUAACAAACACUGCCUUAAGAGUGUAGCGCAUACUUUUAUUUGAUCAUUGCUCCUCAGAAAAUAAUCAAUUCUUCAUUACUAAAUUAUAUUAAAAACAUGAUUAGAAGAGAAAAGAAGGAGCCUAGUUUCUCCACUGCGGCUUUGGCUCAGGUAAUUUGUAGGUUAAGCUAUAGCAGCAGCAUGUUUUAAGAAACAUCUAUUGCAAAUUGCUAAUUCCUUCUUUUCUAAAUACAGUGGAGCCUCAAUUUCCAAACGCUGCAGUUUUCAUAUGUUUCAGUUUCCGGCAAAAGGUUUUGCCAUAAUUUGACCUUGGUUAUCGUACACUGGUUCAGUUACAGUAUUCGGCAAACGCAAAUGAGAAUGUUCCAAAAACGUACUACUAGUUUUCCGCCGUAUCAUUCCAUGUCCCAACAAAGAAAACCCACCUUGAAAUGGUUUUCUGCAUGUAUGACUAUAAUUGUUCUAUAUUAAAAGUGUUCAGUGCUUCGGUUUUCGUACUUUUCCGUUUUAGACGGACCUGAGGUUCCACUGUAUGUUCCAUUCAGCUGUUCUUCAUAUGCGAAAAAAAUGCAACCCUCCAAUCACCAGUCGGUUUAAGCUACCAUCACAGAUUAAAUGACCGGGAAUGUUACACGCGUGGUUAAAUGUCAGUUUAAUGAAGUGAUAAAUGUCUCUCAAAAAGGAGGAGUGUGAGUGAAAAAUAUCUUUGAUUGACAGAUCAAUUGGUGUUUAUUAUUAGUGCUCGGGAGGCAGGUAGACAACUGCAGAAGGAGCUAUGAUAGCAUCAUUCAUGGCCAUCCCCAUCCCCAAACUGCCAUAUUUACAAUGUUCAAGUGAACCUGUAAAAUACAUGCAAGUCGUCUUGAUACUUGAUCAAUUUGCAAAGCUCUCAGUUGCCUUUUUGACUGUCAUAUUAUUCGCUUAUGAAUUAUGUCCAACACAUUAUGGUGCGCUGCUUAUGUCACAUUACUGACACAUUUAUCACGUACAUGAUAUGCUAUUGUACUGGAGCAACAUUUCAAUAAACUCUGGCACUAAGGAAACAUUGUUUGACAAAAUGUGUGAUAUGAUCCUGUUUUUUUUCCCUUUUGUGAAGGUCUAUUUUGUUGAGGUUGAUAUUGAAUUUUUUUCUAAACAGAAAAUAAAUGUUUUUUUUCGCUUGA